GCAAGAAAGCAAAACCAUGUGAUUGUUCAUGUGGCAAUGUCACUCAGCAGACCCCAUUCCUAAUUCCCCUUCACCACUCAUUCCAGACUUAUACAAUUUCCCAUAUACCAUAAACCAUCUAUAUAUAAGCAUAUCAGUAAGUCUAAACCCAACACAAGCUUCAAAUCCUUCACUCAUAUACGAAACUUCCAUUACAUCCUUCACUCCUUUUCUUGUUUGUCAAGUGGGAUACUCCUAUCGAAAACGAUGGCCAUUAGUAUGCCUCGGAUUAUGCAUGCCAAACGAGUCCUUCGCCGGUCUUCAUUGCCAGCAGCAAACAAAGCAGCUUCCUCAACAGCUGCAGCAGCAGAUGUUCCAAAGGGCCAUCUUGCUGUUUACGUUGGAGAGAGCGAGAAGAAGCGAUUCGUGAUCCCAAUAUCGUACUUGAGUAAUCUUUCAUUUCAAGACUUGUUAAGCCAAGCUGAGGAAGAAUUUGGGUUUGACCAUCCAAUGGGUGGUCUUACUAUUCCAUGUAGAGAAGAUGUUUUCAUCGAUCUCGCUUCUCAAUUGGGUGGAUUGUAAUUCUUUGCAAGAAGACACCUUGUUAGCAUAAUUUGACAACACCAUUUUGUAAAGCAGUAAUUUCCAUUUUUUUGGAAAGCAUUAUUUCCCAAGGAGGAAAAAAAUGUCGGCCAGAUUAUCAUAAGUAGGGACUAAUGACAUUAUCUUACAUUUAACAACAAA